AUGAAGUCGUCGGUUGUGUUCCUGGGUCGAGCAGCCUGCCGAAUUUUGGCUGCUGGUAACCCAGGAAAUGCGUCGCAAAUCAGGACCAUCGUACAUAAAAGCGUGCUGAGACUACCGCCAGACUAUCCUGAUCCGUGGCCAUACAAGGAAAGAGGUUAUAAUUACAUUGAUGCCCUCGGCGACCGAACGCAGGCUCGUUUUCAUCAAAACUCCAAGCUAAUCGUGGUAGAAGGGAAUAUUGGAGUAGGAAAGAGCAAACUUUCGAAAGAGUUAGCUGAUCAGCUUGGAUUCUAUUACAUGCCGGAAUUCAAGAUGGAGGAUAUACUGAUCGAUCGUUAUGGAAAUGAUCUUAGGGAUUUUUACCACCUGUUCCCAGAAAGUUUCCGGAUGCCCGAUCUGAAGAUGUUUUACAAAAAUCCAUUGAGCGACAUGUCUGCAAAAAUGCAGCAGCGGAUUUUUGAGUGUCGCUUUGAUCAGUACCUCAAUGCUGUAGCACACAUAUUGAACACAGUUAUGCUUAGUCAAAAACUACUUGAGUUCUCUUCAUGUAAAGUUACCUCUCUGGCCGUAGCCAGCAACAACACAGUACUUCGCGCUUCGCAUGCGGUGUUAUCCUCUGUUCCUGAUGUACCUACAAAAUAA